AUGUUCACCCGCGUUCUUCUUGCCCUGGGUGGAGUCUCCGCCGCUUAUGCUCAAACUACUGUUGGCUCGCCCUUCUUGGCCCAGUGGCUUAUCUUGAGUGACUACUCCGUUUCUACCGUUGCAGCCGAUGACGCCCAUACCACAUACAAUAUAAAGUGUGAUAGCGAGGCCACUCUUUGCUCGCUUCCUGCCACUGGUGUCGCCGUUGUCACUGCCCCAUCAUAUGUCGGACUAUCAUACACUGAACCCUCGGAAACAUUUACUUCCUCAGUCGGAUGUACCUAUAUCGACGCUCGAGCAUCGGCAGUUUGUACUACUUUACUGGCUGCUCCUAACGUGGCUGUCCAGAGCGGUUCUUUCGUCACAGGCAUGACUACUUUGACCUCGACUGUCACCCUGCCCGCUGCUUCCGUUGAGCUGGGCUUUAACACGGCCGCUACAACUGCUGCCGCUUCCCAGGCGACUGAGACGGUUGCGUCCGCAACAACUGCUGCUUCUCAUAGCGAGACUGCGACAGAGACUAGCGCUACAGCGAGCGCAACGAAGACCGGGGGUGCGAGCGAGGCAUUUGGGCAUGGUAAUUCUGGUCUGAUUGUGGGUGUAGCAAUGGCUGGCCUAGCAUUGCUAUAG